UGGGCCGAGAGUCACGAAACACUCCUGCUGCUGCUCCGCUGAUGGAGAGGAGGGGAGGGACUGAGUGAAGGAGAGACAGAGGGAGAGAGAGGAGGAGGGAGGAGCCAGGAUGUCAAGGUGAACCGAUAAACCUCUUUUUUAUCAGCCUGACGUCCAAAACACGACGCGCAGCGCUGCCGGGAGGAGGCAGAGGAGAGGAGCGGAGGAGCUCCCAUCUUCACCGAGGAGAAACUGUGUUUACCUUUUUGGUUUUUAAAUUGUGGACUCUAAGUUGAAUGGCUCAGUGAGCGGAGCCCGUCGGAACCAGCGCAGGAAUUAAAGGGCGGCGUGAGGCCGAGGAGUCCAGCUGUGAUCUGAAGGGGAAGAAAUCUGAGGACCCCCGGCUCCGAAGGGACCAGCUGUUUGACUUCACGUGAACAAAGACACUGCCGCGUUUCUUUUUAGUGCUUCUGACCGGAUGUUGCCUCGGUUCGGAAAACGUUCUCCGUUUGGUUUAGUUCUAGAAUCGGCUUCAAAAUGUGACAAUGACGGAACCGUUACAACUUUAUCCUCCAGCAGGAACGAAGCAGAAGCUUCCUGAGAGGGUGGAUUAUUGAAAGCAGGCUGCUCGAGCCUUUCGGAGAAUUUAAAUGGAGGUUUGCUGCAGUGGAAACACCGGGGAGUUCAUCUGUAGUCAUUUGGAAUAACAGUGUGUGACUGUGUGGGAUCCACACAGAUUUCCAUCUAAAUGAGGCGUAUUUCAGGCAGCAGAGGGUUAUCAUCUGAAACAUCUGGACGGAUGGAGGAGACUCACAAACAGAGACGAAGGCGGUUUUGAUUACUGAUGUUUAUGUUCAGUAUUUUUAUUUUUUAAAGCACAAAGAUUUAUUUAUACUUUUUUUUUAAUGACUUUGGUGCUGAUGCAGAACAAAAAUCUAAAUUUUCCGCCUGCUUUCUUCAGUUUCUCUGAUUUAUUUUAUCUCUAAGUGAUCUUGUGUAAUUAGGACACUAAUGUGUGCGAUUAUACGUCUCAUUGUCGAAGCUUUUAUCACCUGCCAGCCUUUUAUAAGCGCAACGAGCGCGGCUAAAUAUUGAGCCAUGUGACUGCUGUGUUUGAGAAAAGCUUCAGUUUUACUGAAUUUUACUGGAUUUUUCUUUUUUAUCUUUUUUCCUCCCAUGAUUUGUAACUUCUUCAGGCAGGAGCUUGAAGGGUCUUGACACACUUUUCUUUAACAUUUAAAUAAGAAACUUUAAGCCACCUGAUGUUUGGCGAAGGAUUGUGACUCGACCCGUGUUUAAGUCGCUCUGUUUAAGUUUCAAGACGACCGCUGAACUCGCCCAUCUGAAAUCCUCUCUUCCUGUCUUGGGGGGAACUCGCUGCGCAUCCCGUCACCGCCAUGGUGAUGUCGCAGGGCACUUACACCUUCCUGGCCUGUUUUGCUGGCUUCUGGUUGGUCUGGGCCCUCGUCGUCAUGCUUUGCUGUUUCUGCAGCUUCCUGCAGCGCCGGCUGAAGCGCCGGCGCGAGGAGAGGCUGAGGGAGCAGUGUCUGCGUGCUGUAGAGAUGGAGCCACUCAGCUGCCACCCCGCCGGAUACCCACCUGCUGCUCCUCCACCACCGCCGCCGCAACAGCCUCCACAGCUGCCCAGAGAGCCGCCACAGUUCAGCCCUCCUCAGACUCUGUCGCCUCCUCUUCCGCUUCCUGUUCCCCAUCCAUUGCCUCAAGCGACCUGGGUCAGCAUGCCAGACACGGAUGUGUUCGGGAAGCCGCCUUGUUACGAGGAGGCAGUCCUGAUGGAUGAUCCUCCUCCACCUUACUGCGAGGUCUUGGCUGACCCGCGGGGGGGAACGUACCUGAAGCCCGCCCCUCUCCGAGCCGCGCCGUCGUCUUUAAGGGAACCUCACGAUCGCGCCCCGGUGUUCACAUCCGAGACCAGCAAGCCUCCUGCGGCUACCGUGUUCCCCGACCGAGGCUACUCCUCCCUGAUACGCCUGCCUUCGUCUCAGCGCUGGGACUCUUUGGGUCACCUCCUGUCCAACAUGGAUCUGAACCACAAUAACCUCACCCCACCUGCAACCCGAUCCCUUCAGGCUACAGCCGCGAUGGCUACCAUGCCCCGCAGAGACCCGAGGACUCAUAAUGACGGACUUAGAGGUGGAAUACAGGGACUUCAAGGAGGGAUUCAGGGACUUCAAGGAGGGAUUCAAGGGUUCCAAGGAGGGAUUCAAGGGUUCCAAGGAGGGAUUCAAGGGUUCCAAGGAGGGAUUCAAGGGUUCCAAGGAGGGUUGCAAGGGCUUCAGGGGGUCCAUGGACUCAGGGGGUUGGAGCCCAGCUGUGGCAUGCCAACAGCCUUCCCCUUGCUGGGCCGGAGCACUGCUGUUUAGGCUCGAAUCUUGUCAGAAAAAGGAUAAACAACUAAAAAGCUGGACAUUUGGUAUCAUAACGCUGCUACAAGUAGAGAUUUAAUUGCCCAAAGAGGGUUUUAGGGCUGGAGAGGCGUCAGGAGUUAAUUUCCCCCUUGCAGUGGGCAAAAGCUGCCACUUAACUCUGCCAGGACCGAGGCUUUCAGCUAUGUAGGUAUAUUACACACUGUUUCAAAGCGCUGUUGUCGAGUCAGAGGUAUUCUGGAGGCAGAGGACGAGGAUCAAAACGAGCAGUAAGCACAGCGGCUGCCCUGCCUUUCAUGCAGACUUACUAUCGCCUUCAUUUCCAGCCCUAACUACCCUCUCUCGUGGCGCACUUUCAUUCAUCCCCGAUCUCUCCUCCUCUCGCUGCGAACAACCUAUUGUACGAGGCUGCUGUUGCCAUGGCUCCGGGAAACCGUCUGUAGCCCACGACGACCUCUCUUCUUUUAUCCGUGCUGAUUUUUAGGAAGACUGUUCACAGCUUGCCUCCUCCUCGAGGACUGUGAGCAUUAACGCUUACAAAAGAGCACACGGUGACCUGCGGCCAGCACGUCUCUGAUAUUAGAGGGGAAAUGCUGAAGGUCGGUUUACCUGUUGUUUGGAUUCCGCUGUGCAGAGUACAAGAAAGCCACAGAGACGCUUGGAUUCAUUUUGUAACGCGCUGUUUUGUUGUUUUCAGUGUCGUCUUUACCGCAAACUGCUGGCACUGCCCUUUUGAUGGUCACCGGCUGACGUCAGCUGGGUCUCUGAUAUGAAAAAGAAAAGAUUUUUCCAUGUAAAAACUUCCAAUCAUUCUUUUAAACUUUGUGAAAAAUGCCUUGUAAAAUAAAAACAUCUUCAUCUGUGA